CCGUCCCCGUUUCUCCCACAGAAACCCCCAGCUACAAGCCUUACAGUAUAUACAUAUACAUUUGACGUACCGGCAGCCGCUCUCUGUCCUGCAUACCUCUCUCUCCUUCGCCCUCAAGAGUAUUGUCAUCCAAUCGCCCCUGUAUCCGUUUCCUGUGCGACCGAGUCUCCGACCCGUCACGUUCGCUGUCUUCCUCGCUCAACCCUUAUCCUCACCGGAGCUCCUUUCGCUAUUACCUCUCCCUGGGACAGAAUGUUUGGAGGCUACUACGACGAUGAUCAUGGCCAAGCGCUGGGUUUCGGGACUCGACAGGGGUCUUUCACCGAGACCUAUCGCUGCUACUCUGCUGCAAUGAUGCAAACUCGCACGGAACGGCCCGAGUUUUUGUAUGGUGGGAAGAUUGUGAUGCCUCAAUCGGCUUUCAUCAAGCUUUCUGCACUGCACAUCAGCUGGCCAAUGCUGUUCCAGCUCAAGAACACCGCACAAGACCGAACAUCACACUCGGGCGUCCUCGAGUUCACAGCCGAAGAAGGACGUGUCUACCUCCCGCAAUGGAUGAUGCAGACACUCUUGCUGCAAGAAGGACAAUUCAUCGAGAUCAAAAACGUUGAGCUCCCAUUGGGAACGUUCGUCAAGAUCCAGCCCCAGUCAGUGGACUUCCUCGACAUCACCGACCCGAAAGCGGUGCUGGAACAGGCCUUACGGAACUUCUCGACCCUCACCGUCGGCGAUAUCAUUACCUUUAGCUAUAACGACAAACUAUACGAUAUCCUUGUCCUAGAAAUCAAACCAAAUGGACCUGGUAUCUCGAUCGUCGAGACAGAUUUGGAAGUCGAUUUCGCGGCGCCGCUUGGGUACGUCGAGCCUACUCCAAUGGGAAGGCCCGGACAAGCUGUAUCAGCCGCGACACUGAAGGGAAGCACAACGAGCAUAGCGCAGCAUGCCGUAGCCGACGAUAUCGGCUUCAAGCCAUUUGCUGGGAAGGGACAGAAUCUCGGUGGGAAGGGACCUGUGAGUGGUGGUGGUGGCAGCAGCAGCGGUGGGGCGAAAGAAGAUACCCGCGAAAACGACAUUGCGGACACCAACAUCCCGGCGGCGCUGAGGUUACCCGCUGGCAAAUUGUUUUUCGGAUACCCCGUCGUGCCUGUGAAAAAGGUCUCGGAUGGUACCGAAGCGGCUGGUGACAACUCAAAGCCGUCCGGGGGUGGGCCGUCGGCGUUCACGGGUGCGGGUCAUACGUUGAAGGCUGCGAAGAAGGGAACUUCGCCUGCGGGAUCGUCCUCAUCGUUGGGACCGAGACCGCCGUCUAGUAGUGGGAGUAGCAGCAAACGACCAAAGUAGGCCUUUCAAAGGCUCGUGAGGGAGGUGAUACAGGAGGGUGGUAGUUACGGGAAGACUGUACUAUAAGCGCAUCAGUGGGUGGUUCUGCUGUUUAUACGGUGUAUUCUGUAUCAGAUCCUUGUCAACGGAAAAAUAUGUACAUACGUUUGUGAGUCUGUGUGUGUGUGGAACAUCAAGCCC